UCUACUUCCAAGGAUUACAGAUUCAGGAUUACGGUUUAAGAAUGCAUUCCAUUCAAAUUCAUGAAAUUAUUUCACGGACAACUUUUGUCCUUUGUCGCCUUGGCAUUUGGUAUCGUGGAGAUAAACCUACAGUCAAGGAUUUGAGGAAAAAAGUAUUCUUCUCCAUUUACUACUCUUUUUUCGUAAUAUCAGUUUCCGUUGGAGUAAUUAAAAGUGAAAACCCCGACCAGCGGAUAUUCUUAGCUGAUAUAGCAAUCGGAGCUGUAGUUGUGGUCGUGAAAUUUUGGAUGUUAGUUUGGAAACAAAACGAAAUUCUCACUUUGCUGAACCGAGUUUGCGUUUUUUCGAUUCGAUACGAUGACGACUACAACCGCUUCAACUACAGACUUACAGGAUUCAUGAAAUUUGUGUUUGUAUUCGCAAUUAUUACGAUGGUUGCUGGUUCCUUAGUGUCUGUAGGUUUAUCGGUAAUUGGAAGUGAUAAAACCUUAUUUCUGGAGAUUGGAUUCCCUUUGGAUUAUAAAAACAGUGAUAUUGCCUUCUGUAUGGCAACAGUUUUUCUCUUCACUGAAGUUUUUCUGUCAUUAAUCGCUCUCUUCUUCUCCAUAAUGAUUUGGUAUUUGCUUUUCAAUUGUUCCCUGAGAUAUGAAGUGCUCGGAAGUGAAUUGAAGGAUAUGGGACGAACUAGCGAAAAACGAGACGCAAAGGUUACGGAAAGGCAAAUGCACAAUAACUUUUUCGAAGACCUUAAGACAUCGAUUGACGCUCACCUACAUCUAAGAGAAUUAACUAAAGAAGUCGAGUCCUUCUUGGCAGACCUGUUUCUCCUUCAGUUUGCAACUAGUGGUCUAUGUAUUUGCGGGUCGGUUUAUUGCCUGGCAUUUAAUGUGGGCGGCAGUCUACUGACAAGUAUCCUAUAUCUAUUUGUGUUUUUUUACCACGUUGCCGAGCUGAUUAUGAUCACGUACUUUGGCAACGAGAUUAUGCUGUCAAGCAAUCGUCUCUCGUACAGCUUAUUUGAAUCGAACUGGUACAACCAGCCUCACUCAACCAAAAAAUGUGUUAUCAUUUUCGGUGAAUAUUUGAAACAACCCCAAGCGAUGAUGAUUGGCAAAUUGUAUCCGCUAACUUUGGAGACAUUUACAAGGAUUUUGAAUUCGGCUUACAGCAUGUUCAACAUUUUGAAAAGUUUUUAGUAAUGAA